UUAGCAAAGUAUUCAUUCAUAAUAAAUCAUACCCAGAAAAUAUAUGAAUCUCAAUCUAUCCAAAUCGAUGGUCAAGAGUGGAUGAACAGUGAAGAGAAUCAUAUAUAGAGUUAAAUCGAACGAUUUGUUAUUAACAUACGACGACGAUGGAGUUGAAUCUGGAAUCUAUGGCGUCGGCGAUUGGAUUAUCUGUGCCGGUGAUGCGUUUCCUUCUUUGUUUUAUCGGUACGAUGCCGGUUAGCUUGAUAUGGCGCCUUGUUCCUGGCGGACCUAUGGUGAAACACAUUUACGCUGGCGCGACUGGUGCUGCUCUGUCUUACUUUUCUUUUGGGUUCUCUUCGAAUCUGCAUUUCCUUGUUCCUAUGUUUCUUGGUUAUGUUUCUAUGGUGGCUUUCCGUCGACAUUGUGGUCUCCUUACCUUCUUAUCUGGGUUUGGUUACCUCAUUGGCUGCCAUGUGUACUACAUGAGUGGAGAUGCUUGGAAGGAAGGUGGUAUUGAUGCUACUGGUGCCUUAAUGGUGCUAGUGCUAAAAGUCAUUUCAUGUGCUAUCAAUUACAAUGAUGGGAUACUAAAGGAAGAAGAUCUUCGUGAGUCUCAAAAGAAGAACAGGUUGAUCAAGUUGCCCUCUUUGAUUGAGUAUUUCGGUUACUGCCUCUGCUGUGGAAGUCACUUUGCUGGACCAGUUUAUGAAGUUAAAGAUUAUCUUGAUUGGUCAGAAGGAAAAGGGAUAUACGCAUAUUCUGACAAGAAACCGACAAAAUCAGCUUUUGGGGCAACUGUCAAAGCUCUUUUCCAGGCUGCUAUUUGCUUGGGAUUAUACAUGUACUUAACGCCAUAUUUCCCAUUAUCUCGUUUCUUGGAACCUGUUUAUCAAGAAUAUAGUUUCUUGAGACGGUUAAGUUACCAGUACAUGUGUGGAUUCACGGCUCGAUGGAAGUACUACUUCAUCUGGUCUAUCUCAGAGGCUUCUAUGGUAAUUUGUGGACUGGGUUUUAGUGGCUGGACAAAUUCUGAAUCGCCAAAAGCAUUAUGGGAUAGAGCCAAGAAUGUGGAUAUUCUGGGAGUCGAGUUUGCUAAGACUGCAGCUCAGUUACCGCUGGCGUGGAAUAUUCAAGUUAGCACAUGGUUACGUCACUAUGUUUACGAGAGGCUUGUUCAAAAGGGAAAAAGACCCGGUUUCUUCCAACUGCUUGCUACCCAGACUGUUAGUGCUGUUUGGCAUGGAUUAUAUCCAGGAUAUCUCAUUUUCUUUGUUCAAUCAGCAUUGAUGAUUGCUGGAUCAAGAGCUAUUUAUAGAUGGCAACAAGGUACCGUGGGUCUCGUGAAGAACAUUCUAGCCUUGUCCAACAUUGCUUACACGGUUUUGGUGCUGAACUACUCAGCUGUCGGUUUCAUGGUACUAAGCUUGCACGAAACUAUUGUUGCAUACGGAAGUGUGCACUUCAUCGGGACCAUUAUUCCCAUAACACUUAUCCUUCUCGGUUACGUAAUCAAACCCUCGAGGCCUUCAAAACCCAAAUCUCGCAAGGAUUAAUUCUUAUUAUUUUAAAAAAAGGUCAUUGGAUUGUAUCAUCUGGCAACCUAACUAACUUAUGCUUGGACUCGGAAUUGCUCGAUUUGAUUUUUCAUUACAGCAUCUUGUUCUUAGUUAAGGACUCAUUGAAAAUACAACUGCUCUGUUUUUCUUGGCUUUGAUAAAGAAGUUGAAAUGUUUGAUUUAUGUAUGGUUUAAUUAUUAUUAUUA